AAGAGCAGUCGCACCUCACCUAUCUGCCUAUGACGCACACACGCUCACGCAGCUCAGCUCAGCAAUCUGUCCACGGACAGACGAAGAAGCAGGGGAUGGAUGGAUGGAUGCUAUCAAUCCAUAGCACAGACAAGAGAGCGCUUCCAUGGUGUCAAAGCGAGGAGGAUUUGGUGGCCAGCGAAGAGAGAGAAACGUCCCUAUGCCUUACUAGCGCCAAGAGCGAAAAACCACCAACAAUCGGAGUCAGAAGAAGCCCGCAGCAAGGGAGGAAGCAACGAAAAUCAGUACAGCAUAGAGCAAGAAAGAGACAUCAGCAAGGCGGCUCCCCUCAGCCAUAAAUGCGUCAGCCAGAGGAUCUGCACACACAACACACCAACACACACACAUGAGACACACACGCAUGCACGCACAGAGACACGUGUGUCGACCUUCACUUGGGUCGAUGAAGAAGCCCAGGGCCCAUCCCUCCUCAGUCAUGAUGUCGUUGCGGUAGAAAGCCAGAUGCCACACCGACCAGGAGGGAAACGGCUCGGGAUGUGUGGCAUUCGGCACAUACAGACUCGGGUUCUUGACCUGCACCCUGAAGCAGUACCGCUGCUCGUUGAUCAGCUCACCAAACCCGAAAUACACAGAAAGCGAGGUCUCGUGACACAUAAUGGGGUCGUUGAGGAUGGGCAGGCCGUGUUCCUCCCACUCAGGCUGCAGCGUGACAUUGAGGUCAGGGUCGUACAGGUGGGGCUGGACGUCAUGGAACGAGUGGACACGAGCCAUUUGGACGGGAAGGGCGUCGAUGGCGAUGCCGAGGUUGCGGUUGACGUCGAAGGGGUCGGUCCUGUUGAUGGCGUGCGUCCUGUUGGCGCACGGGAAGGUGAACCCGGGGGGCGCCUGUAGGUCGGCAUGGCACAACGGCACAGGAGGGACAUUGUCUUGUCUUGUUCUUGUUUGCUUGGGUGGUUGGGUUGCCUACGUUGAGUACGAAGUGGUGCAGCACGUUGGCGGUGAGAACGGAGUGCGUCCUGAAGGUCACUGUGAGGUGGUGGAUCACGUCAGCUGCACGCCUGCUGGGCGUCACCUCAAACAACGUCACGCCACGCUCAGUCGGCGUGUAGCCGCCGAUAUCCUAAAGGACCAGCCACGAACGAUGCAUUCAUUGUCGGUGUCUGCGUCUCUCUCUGUUGCAGUACAUUGGUGGCGUGUAUGAGGUCGUCUUUCUGGUCUCUGAGUUUGACGCUCCAGUAGUUGUCGCGUUGGUUGAGGCCAUACAUCUCGAAGUCCUCAAAAGACAACGGGUACACACGAAUGGCGAACUGGUAAGGCUUGUACGCCUGUUAUACGGGAUGGAUGAAGAGACAUUCAGGACAGUCACCCACCAGCCCCCCAUGUCUCGCUCGCGGCCUACCGUGAGUGUGUCGCUUCCCGAUAGCGUGAUGAUGGUGAUCUUGUUGGCUCCGCGGCAUGCCGUGGCUGGUGGGAGGUUGCCCCGCUCAAAGAUGUCGUUGGAACAGAAGAUCCCGAACUGCAGAGGCGACUCGACCACAAUGGUCCCUGCAUGCACCCAUCCGAGCAACCGACCGACAGGAAGGAUUGCAUCCAUGUGUUGUGUCCAGAGAUCGGUGCUUGCCUGAUGGGGGCACGCUGAAGGGGCUAAAAAAAGAGAUGAAAGCUUUCGAAUCGUCAGGCUGAGGCAAGGAGGGAGGAAGGGAGACAUGCACGAGGACCGAUGGGGGGACAUGUGAGCUGCUCGGCACACCGCAGCCAGUCAAUCUUCUUCCACUUACGCCGAACAUUCUGUCGGAGACGGCCAAGUGGACGGGCAGCGCAAUCAACUCAAACGCAGAGGCAGUCCUGCCACGAGACACAAACAACACAAUGCGACCAGAAUAAUACAGAUGCACACACCAAAUGUGUGGAUUGGGGGCUGUGGCAGGUUCGUACGUCUUGUGUACAAAGUUGGUUUGAUCAUCGUCCUUGUGGCUGAAGAAGGUGAACUCCCCAUCCGGAUCAUAAUUAGCCGCAUUCUUGACGCGAAGCAACACACUGUACUCGACGAACGCCUUCAAUGGGUACGCAACCUGCGACACAUCAAUCAAUCCAUAAAGACACUGCAAAAGAUUCGAAGGGGACACCUUGAUGACAGCAGUGUUCAGGGACUGCAAAGGCGCGGCACAGCUCUGCGCCCACGGCCCUCCACUGGGGUCUCCGUCCGGCAGCCCCGGGUCAGGCAGGGGCGACAGUAUGGGGUACUCCCACACACAGCAGGGCUCGUCUGGUGCAAUGAUGAUGGGUGUGGGGAAGCCCGAUGCUGCGGCUGGGACCCGACCCCUGGAGACCAUGAGGAUGGCUGCCAGGGUUGGGGUCAUUACAGUGAUGCCCACGAGGUGGUUCUCGUAGGCAAAACAAUCCAGGGUCGAAAACUCAUAGCCCAGAGGAGCCCUGACACGGACAAAAGGACAGGUAGUUGGUUGAAGUGUUUAGAGUCAUGCAAUCAAUGCAUUGGUGUGUGUAGCUUACACACUUGAUUCUGAUUUGCAGUCCUCGUCUCUCUAGGGGGCUGGCGAGAGUAAAGUUGACCUGUAUGACGUUGUCGUCUUCGGGGUAGUUGCUUUUGAGGCUGAAGAGCUCGAACUUGGUCACCGACCCCUGCAGCUGGGGACCCUCCCAGUCGCCGUCGUUGUUGUACAACGCCUCGCUGACGACAUGCGGCACGAUCCAUCAUUUACCUUUGAUGUCCCUCUGAGCCGGUCACUCCCUCACGUACUCACCCGUCAGCCGUGUCGACGGCGAUUUUCCACUUGUUGAGCUCGGGGGUCAAUGUCGGGUUCAUCACACGCACAUGGAAGGUGAAGUUCUCCCCAGCCUGCAGACAGAAUGGCUGAUUGAAUGGAUACACCUGUGUCUCCUCCCCCUCUGUGCGUCGGCUGACGGACUGACAUACCGAUAUGACGUCGGGCACGAUGACCUCCAGGCUGGCGUGGCCCGUCCCGUUGUUGAGUAAGGUCACAUUGAGCCCGUCGCUGUCAGCAUCGGUCACAUUGGGGAAGCCACUGCCGGGGAGGAAGGCAGUCUCGUCCCAAAAGUUGUAACCUGAUGAAUAAAAGAGUUGAUCCAAUGCAGGGAGACUCCUGUGUGUCUGGGUGGCGGGUGGGUGGCCCGACCAGACGGCGGCGCGAUCUUGAGUGUCGAGUCGGCGGGGAUGUCGGCUGUCAGGUUCAGCACCUCCAGACGCACCACAUUGUCACGCGCCUGGACAGCAGCAGAGCAGAAGAGAGGUCUUGACUUGACUGUGCCUCCCUCUACUGUCUGUCCGUCUGUGUGUCUCUCUCUGUGUACCUCGAAGAAUGGCCGUGUGGCGGUGCACGUGGGUGCGAUGUCCGAGUCAUUGAGCUGCAGCGGCCCGCAGUCAACGGCGUCAGCGAUGGUGAUGUAAUCCGUCACAGCGUAGCCCUCAAUCAACGCACUCUCGUCCAGCAACACUGCCGUCCCUGCACAACAGAGCCCUCCUUGAGGCCUUCCUACGCCAGCGGUGCUAUCCCUGACCGACCAGAGACGUUUGCAAAUGUCGAGAUGGCGAAAUUGGGCGUGCCUCGUGUGGGAGGGUUGGUGAAGCGCCGGAAGUUGAUGACAUUCCGGACCCCACCCGUGUACAGCGGUUGAGGCAGGUAGAGUGUCGCCCACCCCAGGCCGCCGAUGCACGUGCCGCCCUCCGCCGGGCCGCCAUCAAUCACACAAUCAGAACAGUCAAACAGCUGAGAGACCAAGGAAGAAAAACAAACAGUGAGAGGGAAGGCUUUUUGUGAAUUGCGCAUUGUCUGGCUCGGGUGGUAUGCUGACCAUAUCGGUGGUGAUGUUGAUGAUUUGUGCAUUUGGAGUGACGGCCACGAAUGAAAGCUCCACGGCAGUGACUCGGUUGAUGGCCACCUUCGGGGGCUCGUACUGGUUGAUCUCAACAUCCACAAGCCUGAAGCAGAUACAACAGACACACAUACACACAUACGGCCCCUGCGAGUGUCAUGGAUGCGCCACGGCUGACAGACCUUGGUAUGACUUUCCACAGCCCCACUCUGUUGGAUUGCAUGAGGCUAACGCUGCCGCUGGGGUCUGCCUCUCGCGCGUCAUAGUACUCGUGCAGCGAGGUGAUGUCUCGCCUCGGCCGGUGGUGCAACACCAGCAGACUCGUCACCGACGGCUUGACGUUGGGCAGCACCACGUGCAGCGUGACGGUCACCUGCAGCCAUUCACAGAGUGUGUGUGGAAUACAGCAGACGAAUGCUCGAAUCGGUCCAUUCAUGUUGCUGACCGGCCGCCACUCGGGGAUGUAGGAGCUGAAACCGAUGAUGCUCUUGUAAGUCGACAUGAUCAAUUCGCUGCCCUGCACGGGCCACAUGACAGGGGAAUCCACCCACCCGCCCACAGACUUGCCCUUGGUGCAGUUGGUCACCUGGCAAAGGAUGGCGAGGUCGGAAACCGGCGGCGUGAUGGUGAAGUUCCAGCAGCUUCCAUAUAUCGACUCAUCAGUGACCAGCAGCUCUCUCCGGCUCCCGCUGUCAUUCGCCACCGGCAGCUCCCGCAAUGUCAGGUUGUACUCGGAUGGGAAGUCGAAGACGAUGACGUCGCCCCCCAUGGCCGGCUGUGAGAGUGUGAAAGCCACUGAGAGCAGCUCCACGUCGCCCCCGUGGUGGGUGUAGGCCGAUCUGUUGCGCCAGUGGGUGAAGGCAUCCGGCGCGUCGGGGGACACAUCUGUCUCGUUGAGGCCGGAGUAGGUCAGAUUAAUGCCCAGAGACGGGAUGCUCGGCACGAUGGGAAAGGAUUUCUGAUAAGCAAAAGACGACAACAAAAACGGCUACGUGAAGCUUUAUGUUUUUGUACUUUUCUCCCGGCCUCGAGGAGGACUUGUGGGUCGACACGGUCGACGUAGUUGGAGUAUGUCUCCAGCUGCCAGUCGCCAUCGUCGUAUUCCGAUAUGCCCGAGCUGGUCGUCACCGUCUGGCUCAACGCGCUGGGGUUCAUCACCUGAUGACACAAUGAUUGACAGCCAGCAAGGUCAAGGAGGGCUGUGUGUGUGUGUGUGUGUGUGAGUAGAGGUGUCGCUGACGAACAUCAAUGGAGAGCUGGUAUGUGCCGGGAAGGAGCUCCUGGCGUGUGAAGAAGAACUGGACAGCAUCGAACCUGAAAGGAUCCUCCUGGGACACCACACCGAGACACACAGAAAUACGGACACAAUAUAUAUGCGGCCGAGCCGGUAGCUGCUGUACGCACCAGCUGGCAGGUGGCUCCAUCGACCUCAUACUCUUCACCCAGGCCAUAGUCGAGGUCUGCAGGGGCCGCAUCGGGCACCUCAUACGCGCCGGUAAAGCCCUGGCACCCACUGGAGCAAUAAACAACACACACACACAUAUCCUUGCCGUCGAUUAAAUGAAGUGGCCAGAAAAGCCACUUCACUUACGUGAAGAAUGCGAACUCGGAAGCUUUAGGGGUCUUGACCCGUAGAAAUGCCGUCCCGACCAAAAACGCCGAUGUUGUGAACCGAAACUGAUAGAUGUAGAAAGGCCAAGACAUACCCAGAGCAAUUGCAGGCAAGGGAUUCCUCUGGUGGCUGGGUGACGUACGGUGAUUUUGUUUGUUUCGCCGGGGUUCUGGGUGAGGGGGUCGAUGUGGAUGUCAGUAAUGGCCGCUAGGGUGUACCCCUGAAUGCCGUUGGCCUCCGCACCGCCAAAUGACACACUCCACUCAUAGGACACCUGUCCACACACACGGACACACGCGCAGAGAGACGGGCGUGCAGGUGUUCGGUGCAAGUAUUCGCGUGACUCAUGUCUGCAUACAGGUGGUGAUGUGGGGUUGGUGAGGCUGAAUCCGAUGAUGUACGUCUGGUUGGACGGUGCCUCCGGUACUGGGUGCGUGAACACGAGCGACAGCUGACGCACACCACCCUGGCACCAGGCAAUCGACUGAGGCUGCACACAAACAUACACACAUAAGACCGCUCAUCUGGAGCAUAUUCGCGUGUCGCUGUUUGCUUGUUGGAAUACCUGCGGCAGUGGUGUGUACUUGGCCGGCACAGGAGUGGCCUCAUUGCCGAGGGGAUACAGCAAAGACACGGCGCCGCUGCAGUCGGCCGGGAAGACGAAGCUAGAGGGGGCGGUCAACACAAACACAUCACCUGUACCCAUACAUCCCCGCACACAACACAACCAUGUGCACACAGAUAGCAAAGGCACAUUACAUUCCUGCCUUCCUCUCUCACCAGCUGCAAUUGUGUUGAGGGUGUCGAAUGCAAUGACCACCCUGGCAGGGUACCCUGGCCUGUUGUCGAAGAGCGAGACGGCAGGGUUUGGGUCGAUGUCCGGGGCCGUCACGAUGUGCGUCCGUGUCAGAGGGGCCAGGAUUGCGUAUGAGUCGAUGCUCUGGUGGUAGUCGGCCACUACCGAGCUGCUCCCAUCGGCUAUGAAGGGCGAUAUGGAGUCGGCAACGAAUUUGCUGUAGGAUGAUAUGGUCCACCUGAGCAAGAGACACACAUGGCCAUGUGUGUAUCCUGUCUCUGCCUUCUUGUGGUAUACAUGUUUGUUUUGCUGGGGGUAGGCGUGGUGGCCGGGUUGACAACACGCAAAUUGACACCCGUGCGGCCGGAGAACAUGGGCGUCGACGCCAACUGCGAUCAACAGACACCCCAAAACACACCAGCCAGCCAUUCCAUGACUGAAGCUCAGCUUCCUCCGUCCGGCUUUAUUGGUUCUGACUGUGAACUUGAGGGCGCAUAGCGUUUGGCCAUCGACGGUGACAGUGGCACACUCAAUUACGACGUCGCUGGGCAAGGGGGUGGUCUGGCCAACAAUCGACACAUAAUCGGUCGAUAGCGUCAGGUACACUGAACAAUGCUCAACCACAACCCCAUUCGCUGACACACACACACACACACACACACAGAGAGAGAGAGAGAGAGAGAGGAAAUGAGAAUACAAGUCCCGGCAUCUUUCUUAGAUAUCUCACCGUCACGGAUGAGCGGCAAUGUGAAUCCGGGCGGGCUGUGGAUGAGAAUGGCUGCCGUGUCGUCGGCAGUGGACACGAGCGUGGUUGGGAAGCUGAAGGCGACCACGACUUGAGACGUGUCCGAGGCUGUCCGCUUCGACGGCACCAAGGCCAGGUUGUACAGACGCCGCACAGCAAAGGGGGGGAAGACCACGCCACCAGCCAGCCUGCAGACACACAAACUCACAAGUUGACGGUGUCUGCCGUCGUGUCAAUGACUGCAUGCUAUCCAGACAUAUAGACAGACCUUUGAUAUGGCUCAGUGGCAUCAGAGUAGAUGACCAGCAUCCACCCCGACGUAUUUGGCUGGUCCUCGCUCCGCCCCGGCUCGACGUCAGGCACCUUCACCGAAUGUCGAAACACACACGUGCCAUAGGCGGCCAGGACGCCCGUCAACGUCAGCCGCAAGACGUUGCUCAGCGACCCGCCCAGUGUGGUGGUGCCGGUGUUGACCACCAGAGGGCUCGGGUGUGUCUGUGAGGCCCCGCUGCUCGUGGGCAUCACAUCAAGGUCGGCUGUGGGUGACAAUUCGUAGCCGUAUGGCGCCCAUAGCUCAACAGUGCUGCCGACCUGAGCAGAGGCCACAGAACAGACAGAGGAGACGGGCAUGUGGGGAUGAUGGGUGGGAUCACUGUCUCUUGCGUGUCUGAGUCUGCUCACCACUUACUGCAUUGAUGGGGCUCUUGACGCCGAAAAUGACCGUGACGUUGGACUCGCUGGAAGUCACGUUGUACGGCAAUAAAUCAUCGGGGGCGAUCGACACGUCCAGGAAGGCAAAGUCGUCGAGAAAGGGAGGCAGCACAUAGGCCACGUCAGCGGCGGUGUAGGCGACCGGGUCCUCAUUGGUGUUGAAAGAAGUCACCAACGGAAUGGAGUCCAGCAAAUCGCCAUUGCUGUCGAGAGUGCCCACCGAGGCCACGAACGAUGCCAGUGGCGGCCCGGGGAACAAAGGAGACAUGAACGGCAACACAAAGGAUACCACCUUGUCUGAAACAAGCAGAUGUGUACCAACCAAUGUGCGGGCAUUUCGAUCCACCUCACACUCACCUUGUGGCAGAAAGGUCUGCAGCAGCUGGAUGGUGAGCUCAUUCUUGCCAGGGUUCAUCGACCCAGCGCUCGACCUCGCCUCACACACAGCCCCAUCAAAGCUGGCCGCAGUCACCUCCGAGUGGUCCAGCAUUUCCGUCUCCCCAGGCGGACAGCCGCUUGCCGUGACCAUGUCAUAGCCCUCUGGAAACGUCAAUCGAAUGGAUCCGAGCUGCGGAACGGCCUGCUGCGGCCUCAGGGCGACCUCUAUUGUCGAUUGGGUGGCAGCUUUGAGGGUUCGAGGGGCAACGUAGGCGUCACGUAUGCGGCCCAUGAUGGGGAAGAUGGUGGAUUGCUCUAUAGGAACGACAGACGUGGUGCGGGCAGGGCUGCCACCAACACUGGGGUCCUUUGUGCCCACCAUCUCUACCUGCACCCAGACAGAAAGAUUGAUGCGUGUCAUGUUAUGUGCUGUGUGUGUGCAUCUUCAUUACGUGUUCACGCACUUGCCUGCCACACAUUGGAGGGGUCCGUCCUCUGUCUCGGCUUGACCGGGUUGUCAACCGUGAUCUUGGCGCCAUAACCCACCCCCGCGAGCAGCCGCCGGUCGGUCCGUAGCUCGAAGUGGCAGGUGAUGUUGCCCGUGCUGGAGCAGAUGACGUCAGAAGUCGGCAGCGUGCCCAUUGUGGUGGGUGUGGGGAUGUCGGCCGUGUUGGUGGCCUGGGCGAUGGCGGAUGUGAUGUCAUACGUGAGGAGGGGGCCGAAUGAUGCCACGGGGGGAUCGGCCGUGAAGAAGGCAGGCAGAGUGAAACUCACCUUGCACAAGCUGCCUGACGCUGAGGGGACACAGAGACACAACAAGAAAUAUCGAUGGGUUACUUCGUGAGGGACUGCUCCCUCCCUCGCCCCUGCUCCUACAUGAUCCCGACUGGCAGUUGAAGGGUGCUACGAAGGCAAGAAAGAUCCCAUUGUUCUCCUGGUCGUAGUGCCUCUCCGUGUAGCCCCUGCCGCAUAGUAUGUUGCCAUGUCCAACCCCUUUCUGUUCGUGAAUGAAUCCUGUGUCUCACUCACUGUAUGCGAGCCUUCAUCCCGGCCAUGGGUGUCUUGGACACCCGAUACGGCUGGAACUGCCAGUCAGACGCGAGAAACGUCGCCCGAUGCCUCAAUGGCUGCCCCGGCGCAAUGUCCGUCACAAGGUAGGCCUCCGCCGCCCACUCAGUGGGGAAGAAACCCCUGAUGGGCAGGCGGAAGUUCUCGAGUGUGUAGACAGGGCACUGGAAGUUGUUCUCGAUCGAGAGGUCUGCGCCGGGGCAGUCGGUGGUGGGCGAGGCCGAAGCAUCCAGGUUGAUCCGGAUAAUCGGCGCCGCGUGACCCACCUAGACACAGAACAGAGGUACAUGUAACGAAUGCAUAGACAAGUGCGUGCCUUCUGACCUUCUCGAAUUGGCAUGUUGGCCUGGGAAUGCCAGCUAGACGCCGGAUCGAACACGCCCUGCAAAUGAAAUGACCAGGCAAUGCAUCUAUCCACCACCCAGCUUGCAUAUCAUAUACCGCGUUCGUUCACCUGUCGAGGUUUUGAUCCCAGUAGGUGAGCGGGUGCAGGAUAAUUCGGAGCUCAGCUGACGGCGGCAAACGAUUGGAACCCCCAUCGCGGGCGAACAGCCGCACCGACACCUCGUCUAUCUCAUUCGCAGUGGCGUUGGCCCCGUCCACCAGCUCCGUGUUCAGUAUCUCCAUCGUGGUAAAGAUCGGGUUGUGGUCCUCAUUGACGAUGGACUGCGGCACGGCGCUUCGUGUGGGCCACAGAGAGGCGAACUGCAGGAUGGUGAAGCCGUCGGACGACACGAGGCGCAGCUCCAUCGGGUGGGUGUUGUUGGUCGGCAGGGAGGGGUCGGACGCGAUUGGCAAGCCCUCGACGAACGAUGCGUGGAAGACCACCUCGUGCAGACGGCCGACGGGGGGGCCAUUGUAGGGGUCGAACUUCAUGGUGAGGAGGCCAUUGGAGGUGUCGCUUGUGGCCUGCCACUCGCAGGUGGCAGGGUUGGGAAAGCCACCCUCUGACUCCGACCAGAACUCGAGAAACACCGCCCCACAACCGAAAUACUCACUCGUCUGGUCGAGGGAGAUGACCGGCCUCGCAGCAGAGUAGACGGCCAUGGUGUUGAGGAGAUCCUUCCACACAAAGACCAGAGACACCCCUUGCAGAGGCACAAAUGCAGCAGGCGUGUCGGGAUCGCCUCGAGGUAUCAGUUCACUGUCAAAGGCCGGUCGGAAGCUGACGAGAGCGCGGGCCACUUGGUUUGCGACGAUGGUCGUCGGGAUGAGCUGAGACUCCUGGAAGGAGGGGACGGGAGAGCGGUCGAUGGAUAUCGAAGCGACGUCUUGGUGCUCAACAGUACCAGUGAUGGCGCUGCUCGUCUGACACAUGACGUACAGCGUACCCGUACCAAAGAGGGGCGGAAUGCUCGAUGCGUUUGCGGGAAGUGUGAAGACAUAAGACGAGGACGGCUGGAGGCGCGUCAACAAUACGAAGGCAGCAUGGGUGGCGUUGAUGCUGUUCAGCACCACCGGAUAGCUGGUGGGGUGGGACAGCAGCUUGUUGGCGUCGAAGAUGUCUGCGGUGAAGUCGACGCCCGACGAGAUGUGGAGCAGUAUCUGGGUGUGGGUGAUGGGGGGGGCGGAGUAGAAGCCGCUCGACGAGGUGGUGAAGGAGAUGCGGUAGGCAUUGAGCUCAGAGUUUGAAAAUACAUAGCGAAAGGACACGGAAGCGCCGCUCAGAGAGCCCGUGGUGUAGGCUGACACAGGCAGGGGCCCGCUGACAGUGAGAAAGAAAGCCACGCCGAGAAGAGCACCAACUCCCUUCCACCACUUUCCCGGCCACAGAGGCAUUCGACUCUUUCUUCUGUGUGGAUGCUGGGUGGAUGGACGGCCGGGCUUCC